AUGGCCGACAGAGAAGCGCCUUAUGAUCCCUACAUCCCUCAGGGCGGCCAGGGAGGUGGUGCGCAACAAGGUGGAAACCAAAGAACAGCUGCUCUACAAGCGCAAAUCGACGACACUGUCGGGGUUAUGCGUGAAAACAUCAACAAAGUUUCACAGCGAGGCGAGCGACUAGACUCUCUUCAAGACAAGACCGACAACCUCGCCGUCUCGGCCCAGGGGUUCCGGAGGGGCGCAAACAGAGUCCGGAAACAGAUGUGGUGGAAGGACAUGAAGAUGCGCAUGUGCUUGAUCGUCGGCAUCAUUGUGCUCCUCAUUGUCAUCAUCGUCCCGGCCGGUAUGUGA